CUGUGUAUGGGUAGAUAUUUUAUAUUGUUUUUAAGUCCUUGUAAUAAUUUGUUUAUUAAAAGAUCGGAAUAUCAUAUAUGUUUGUAUCUAUUUCCUCGACAGUUUUCAGUCAACGUAAAUGUACGGUCACUUUAAUUAAAAUAAAACGUCGAAUCGGUAUUUAGAUAAAUAAUUUAAGUAAUUUAUGUAUUUUGAUAAUGUGAUCAUUAUGAAAAUGGUGUUCGACAAAGCUGUAUCAUGCAUGCGCACAACUAUCAUUUGUGUUCUAUCUAGUGUUCUGUCAGACAUGUAUGACUAAACUAAAUAUUUCCUGUAAAAGUUGUGUUCUUGCAUUUUAUUUAAAUUUUAUGUAAAAAGUGAUCUUUCUUUCUUUCUAAGACACGAACUAAUCAAGAUUAUAACUGUGUAAAAGAAAUAUGUAACCUGUUACUAGGUAAUGUCUGUUUACUGCAGGUGAUCUGGAGAUAUUACAGAACAAAACAUAAAUUAAAACGAUAAGUGAUUUUAUAAUGUAUCGAUGUGUAAAUUGUGGAGCUGAGGUGGAAGAGCUUUAUAGGAGAUACUGUCCAAGUGUUCUAAAGCUUUUAAAAUGUGGAACAUGUGAUCUCUUGGCAGAUAAAUAUAUUGAAUACGAUCCAGUAAUAAUCUUGGUUGAUUUAAUAUUGCUUAAAAGACAAGCAUACAGGCAUUUGCUUCACAAUUGUGAUAUAACGCCGUGUUGGAAACUAGUAAUAAUUUUGUGGCUUAUUGAAUCUUUCCGAAAUUUCUUUCUAUGUAACAAUAGCAAUCAGUAUGUUCAAUAUUGGAAGAUAUUUCAACCUAAUUUUAAUGGAAAAUGUAGUGUCUAUCUAAUAUUAUUCAACACUGCUUUUGCUCUCGCUACUUUUGUCUUCGCCGUAAUUUUCUGUACUAAAGUGAAGUGGUAUUUUUACCCAACUAAUUCAAACAAAUGUAGUGUGAUACAGUUAAUGAAAGCUUUAAUCAUUGGUGGAUCUGGAAAAUUAUUAGGACUGUUAGAAAUUACAUGGGGACAUGUUUUUCUAACACCCCAUUACUUGCUUAUAUUGGGAUAUACUCUUCUUUGCUUACUUACUAGCUAUUCAGUGGCAACCAACAAUAGAAGACUGGAAUCUUUAGUAAUUUUGGGAAUAGGCAUAGUGGUUUACAAUUGCACACCUAAUUUUUCCUUCACGAUGUUUGAAGUUUUAAAAUUAGUAUAAUUAUUUAUUUUUAAUUGAAUUUGAUUUUGUAAUCCUGUUUGGUAUAAUAUAACAUUAAACUAAACUAAAUAAAUAUAUUUGUAAUAUACAUGUAUUUAACAUUCCUUAAGAGGUAUGAUACUCCAUCCAAG